AAGCGUCCAAUUUUUACAGUCUUAUUUCUUUCUGUAGACCACAAGACAAAAGCUGUGUGGGCAUAUUGGAAGCUAAAGCCCACUGUCAAGAGAAUAGCUAUGCAAAUGGCUUCUCCUGCCUCUCUCACACUGUAGAAAAGGCGGCUUUUCCAUAAUGAUGUUGCUGAUUGUUGGACGCUUUUACUUGUAAAGAAAAGAAAAAUCCUGUUUUUCAAGAUGCAACUCUCUUCCAGUGAAGAGUAGUAUGCUUGCUAGAGGCAGCCAGGAUGCCAUGAUGAGCCCGAGGGUUGGAAAGGCUGCAAGGAGCGUGACCCCACACAGUGCCACAGGCAAGACUCUUGGCUACCACAGGUUCCAAAAUUAGGAAUAUGGCUUUCUUGCUACAAGAGCAGAGAUGAUUCCUGAUACAAAGAGGAUUGUUAAACAUUGUUUCACCAGUUUCUUCAGUCCUCUACCCCCAAAGUCACAUUACAGUGUUGAAGAGAGGCAAAUAUAAUUUAACCCACAAUGGCAAUAUGAGAAGCAGCUGGAAGAGGAGAAGUGUGCAGAGGGCAGAGAAACAAGGAUGCUGUGGUUUCGUAAAGGCAGUUGGCCUAACCAUCAAGCUCUGUGAUGCUGUCAAGACGAGAGCUUCUAGAGGACCACCCACAUCUCCUGGCCUGGGAAUUCAUUCCCCUUUUGAGGCAUUAUUUUUCACACUCCAUUUGCAUCUCAACUCGAGCAAGCUUCGCUCCAAUUCCCCUUCCCUGCAUCAUGGCCUUUGCCUCAACAUGGCUCUGUGGACCUUAGUCCUCCUUGACCCAGUCUCAGUUUUCUUGCUGCUUGCGCUGAUCUUCCUAAUGACAUUCUGGUUUCUGAGCAGCAGCCAUGGGAAACCACCUCUGCCCCUGCCUCCAGGUCCUCGUCCGCUCCCAGUCAUUGGCAAUUUGAAUUUGAUAGAUAUCAGAAGACAAGAUUUAUCAUAUAUGAAGCUUUCAGAAAAAUAUGGCCCAGUCUUCACGGUCUAUUUAGGUUUCCAGAAGUUUUUGGUGCUGACUGGCUAUGAGGCUGUGAAAGAGGCGCUUACGAGCAAAGGCAAUGAAUUCAUCAACAGGCCUCCACUCCCAAUAUUCCGGCAGAUGCAGAAUGGACACGGUGUAAUUUUUGCUGAUGGGGAACUUUGGAAAGCCACACGUCGAUUCACCUUGGCGAGCUUGCGGGAUCUCGGGAUGGGGAAAAAACGGAUAGAAGGAAAGAUUCAAGAAGAGCUGCAAAUCCUGGUUGAGCUGAUCAAGUCUUUUAAAGGUGAACCCUUUCCGCUGAAGACAUUAACUUUAGCUGCAACAAACGUCGCCUAUGGCAUAGUGUUUGGAGACAGGUUUGACUAUGCCGACGAGACUUUUCUCACUCUGUUAAAACACAUUGAUGAAAUGGUGGUCCGCCUGGGAGAACCACAGCUGCAGGUAUAUAAUGUCUACCCGUUCCUUGGGUUCCUUUUAAAACCCCACAAGAUUAUCUUGGACACAAUGGAAAAGAUCCGUGUCAUUCUGAGGGAAUACCUUGCAGCAGGCAAGAAGCGUAUCAAUGAGAACCUCUUACAAAACUACUACGACUAUAUGCUAACCAAGCAACAGUCAGAGGAAAGGAGCAAAGACAGGAACUUGUUCCAUGAUUCCAACAUUGUGGCAGCCGUCUUUGACCUGGUCCUGGCAGGAACAGAGACUACAGGCACCACGCUGCAGUGGGCUAUCCUGCUGAUGAUGAAAUACCCCCAUAUUCAACGGCAGGCACGAGAGGAAAUCGAAAGGGUCAUUGGGCUGGAACGUCUGCCCACCUGUGAAGACAGGAAGCAGCUGCCCUUCAACAACGCCAUAGUCCACGAGGUGCAGAGGUUUGCCAGUAUCCUGCAGCAGUUUCCCCGCUGCACCGCUGUGGACACUUGCUUCCGUGGCUACUUCAUUCCCAAGGGCACACCCGUGAUCCCCUCUCUCACCUCGGUGCUGUAUGACAAGACCCAGUGGGAAACCCCCACCCAGUUUAACCCCAACCACUUUCUGGAUGCCGAGGGGAACUUUGUGAAGAAGGACGCCUUCCUGCCCUUCACUAUAGGCCGUAGGAAUUGUCCCGGAGAAAGCCUGGCUUUGAUGGAGAUCUUCUUGUUCUUUGUUGGGUUGCUCCAAAGGUUUACGUUUUGUCCUCCUCCUGGAAAGACCGUUUCAGAUUUGGACCUCACCCCCGAAGUCACCUUCACACUGAGGCCCCAAGCUUACUCUACCUGUGCUGUGCACUAAAAGGAGAACAUCUUGUCCCAGUGGAAGUGUUCUUUUGUCUCAUUUGCCCAGGUGAAUGUUCAGAUUACAAUAUGCACAUCUGCUAGAUUACAAUAUGCACAUCUGCUAGUUAGUGCAUGAAGAUGCUAAGGACUACAGAGUUACCAUAUAUUGCUAGAUAGAGAGGGAGGAAGUGAAGCCUUUCUACUUCCUUUCUCUGUGUAUGUGUGUGUACCAUGUAACGAGACAGACAGGUGUGAGCUUGCUCCCAAGCUUACAGCACAUGCUUAGAAUUAUAU